AUGAGGUGCAGACUCCAACGGCAGACACUCAAUUCUGAUGGAUCUUUGCCUUCAGGUGGAAGUCUAGUCUCGGCGGGCGGGGUCGCCUCUGUGGCUUUGCCAUUUGAGUCGCGUUACGCGGAAAUGGGCGUGCUUUGCUCCUCUGGGUCUGGGCGUGCCUCAUCUGCUCCUACACUUGCUCCUAAGCUGCUAGCUCAAGUACCAUCCCCCCCAGCAGCCAGAGAAGAAGUCCUCCAAGAGGACUGCCCACAAGGCAGCAUGCCCCGACGCUGGCGAGAUGAAACCAGGACGAUGUGUCAACGAAACCUGACCUUUUCGAUGCUGAUGGCCGUUUUGGCUGCCGUGGCCGUGGCGAGGGUGACCGCCCAUUCGACAGGCGAGCGUCUGCUGCUCAUCUCCCAACACGUGGACGCCUUGUGCCCCUGCGUGACCAGCAGAGUGUGCCCGAGGUACUACGGUUCCUCCCCCUUCGACAUCCGGGACUACGGUACCCUCCCGCCGUGCCGUCUGUACGGGCGCGUUCGCUGCUGUGACGACCGCUCCAUCGAUGACCUGGCCGCCCAGGAACUGCCCCAGGACGAAGGGCAGGCGUCGAGCGCGGCGAGCAGCGUGGGCCUCCCGUUCGGCUCCUUCCUCGGGAGCAACGCGGCCUUCAGCAGCCUACUCUCGGGGCCCUCUUUCUCAGGCUCCGUCUCGCACGCGGGCGGAGUCAGUCACACGGGCUCGGUGGCUAACGCAGGUCUAGCAAGUAACGCAGGGUCGGCAUUCAACACGGGAUCAGCUUCUAACACUGGAUUUGCCAGCAACAUAGGAUCAUCAUUCAACACAGGAGCUGCUUUUAACACAGGAUCUGCCAGCAACACAGGCUCAGCAUUCAACACAGGAUCUGCCAGCAACACAGGCUCAGCAUUCAACACAGGAUCUGCCAGCAACACAGGCUCAGCAUUCAACACAGGAUCUGCCAGCAACACAGGCUCAGCAUUCAACACAGGAGCUACUUUUAACACAGGAUCUGCCAGCAACACAGGCUCAGCAUUCAACACAGGAGCUGCUUUUAACACAGGAUCUGCCAGCAACACAGGCUCAGCAUUCAACACAGGAUCUGCCAGCAACACAGGCUCAGCAUUCAACACAGGAGCUGCUUUUAACACAGGAUCUGCCAGCAACACAGGCUCAGCAUUCAACACAGGAGCUGCUUUUAACACAGGAUCUGCCAGCAACACAGGCUCAGCAUUCAACACAGGAUCUGCCAGCAACGCAGGCUCAGCAUUCAACACAGGAUCUGCCAGCAACACAGGCUCAGCAUUCAACACAGGAUCUGCCAGCAACACAGGCUCAGCAUUCAACACAGGAUCUGCUAGCAACACGGGCUCAGCAUUCAACACAGGAUCUGCCAGCAACACAGGCUCAGCAUUCAACACAGGAUCUGCCAGCAACACAGGCUCAGCAUUCAACACAGGAUCUGCUUUUAACACAGGAUCUGCCAGCAAUACUGGCUCAGCAUUCAACACAGGAUCUGCCAGCAACACAGGCUCAGCAUUCAACACAGGAUCUGCUUUUAACACAGGAUCUGCCAGCAAUACUGGCUCAGCAUUCAACACAGGAUCUGCCAGCAACACAGGCUCAGCAUUCAACACAGGAUCUGCUUUUAACACAGGAUCUGCCAGCAACACAGGCUCAGCAUUCAACACAGGAUCUGCCAGCAACACAGGCUCAGCAUUCAACACAGGAUCUGCCAGCAACACAGGCUCAGCAUUCAACACAGGAGCUGCAAGUAAUACAGGCACAGCACUCAACACAGACUCUGCUUUUAACACAGGAUCUGUCAGCAACACAGACUCAGUACUUAACAUAGGAUCGCCAAUUAAUACAGGCUCUGCAGUCAGCCUAGGUUCAGCAUUUAAUGAAGGCAUUACAAGCAGCACGAGCUCCACCAGUCACACAGGAUCGGUCAGCCACACAGGGUCUGUCAUUCAUACAGGAUCAGUCAGUAACUUGGGUUCGGCAAGUGGCACAGGCCCUGUAUCAGAUGACAUAGAGGCAUUACCCACGGGGGAAGUCAGCAGUGCAGGACCUGUGAUCAACAUUGCAGCUUUGCAGCAACAACUUCAGCAAGACUCUUCAACAAAAGCACCUGGAAAUUUGGAACCGCCGUCAUAUAUUAGUUUGAACAGUGCCCAAACGCCCAAUACUCAGCAGGCUGCCUUCGAAGGAAUCCCAUCUACGUCGACUUUGAUUCUCAACUACAGACCACCGAGCAGCGGGCUGUCAGUGGGGCAGAUUUCCGGAGAAGUGUCGACAUCUGCCUCCUCUCUUGACCAAUCUGUCACUGUUCACGCAACCAUCCAAGAAACCGUUGACAGUGAUGCAGAAAGCUCCACCAAUUUGCUGAAUGAGCAAGAAUUAUCGUUCGCUUCUACCUCUGAUGCAGGCGAGUCCCAGUCUCAGAAUUUUGCGACCUUUGUUGGAUCAGUUUCUCCAAAUGCAGAGGGACUGGAAGUCAUGUCGUCAGAUAUGAAGAUGGAAUCAGAAAUGGAAGUAGGUGAAUCCUCGACAGCCGAAGAUGAUUUCAACUUGAGCAAUGACUCUAGUUCGGUCAUUAGCACUAGUAUGUCUGGCAGCAGUUCCAGCAGUGAUAAUAUGAGUAACAGUAUUUCAAGUGCCACGUUUGCCAGUUCUAGCUCAAGUAACAACCAUUUAGAGAACAGUGGCUCAGACAGUGCUAACUCUAACAACAAUAAUUCGCACACAGUUAAUUCAAGCAGCGGUAUUUUGAGCGGUAUCAGUUCGGGCUAUAGCAACUACAGUAAUAUCAGCUCAACCAAUAGCAGUUCAGCUAGCAGCAACUCCACAAGUAUCAGCUCAGCCAAUAGCACUUCAAGUAGCAGCACUUCAAGCAGUGGCAGUAUUCCCAACAGUAGCAGCUCUAGUAGCAGUAACUUUAGCAGUAGUAGUUCCAGCUUUAGCAGUUCCAGCAGUAGCAGUUCCAGCAGUAGCAGCUCAAGCAGUAGCAGCUACAGUAGCAGUAGUUCGUACAGUUCCAAUUCUGUUAGUGGCAACUUCAGCAAUGAAGACCCAGAGAGUGGAAUUGGUACAGAUGGCAGCAGACUCGAAAGUAAGCCACAUACCCCUGAUCCAAGAGUAAACAGUGAGAAUUCAGUUGGCAGUACCAGUGAUUCCAAUAGUGACAUCACAGAUACUGAUACAUCUGACAGCAGUGAAAGUCUUUCAACAGGAAAUCUGCACAUCCAUGCCAACACUUUCCCAGGAAGUAGUCAUAUUGUACCCCAAAGCAACACGGAUGAUAUUGUUCUGCCACCUCUGCCACCAAGUAGAAUACCAGAGGAUACCAACAAUGAUGAGUCAGGUGUACCCCUAGGUGUAAGGGGCGUGGGGCCCCUUUCUGCCCUUAUUGGAUCUCCUGUUUCCACAGAAUUGGCAUUUGGUGAUCCUUUGACAACAGAGGAAGUCAUAUCAAGCCUUGGGUGGAAUCCUUUCAAGAAGUUGACUCCUCCAUCUACAUACUUUGAAGAUUACAAUGCCAUAUUCCCUCCAGCUUUUGGGUUCCAUCAUGAACCUGUGGCUCAGGGACCGUCAUUCGCUGUUGUUGGAACAGAGCUUCCUGGAAGUGAGUGGAGUCCCUUCCAAGGUUCUCUGGAAAGGCCGGCCGGAAAUAACAUUCGAGGGAGUAUCCUGACGCAAGGCCCUCCUGUUACAGGGCCAGCGCCUCCUAUCAAUGUUGUACAGCUUCUGCAGCGUGAAGAUUUCCGGCCAUUGAUCGACGCUCUUGGCUUAGAACCUGAGGAGCUCGUUCACAUAGCAGCCUUACAAGACCCUGAUCUACUCCCUCAGGACGACUACGACUCUAGGGUUGCUAUUUUAGAAUUUCUUCCACCUGGGGAAGUGGAGUUUAUGGAAACAGAUUCUUUGAUACAGGAUAGCCACCAGAAUCCUGAAACCAUGCCAACCAUCAUAGAGACUCCUUUUGGCGAUUUUCUUGAUGGAACUGUUGUCCUGGACGGUGGAAAGCCUGUAACAAGUCAAACUAUCAUCAUUCAAGAUGGAGAUGCAAGUGAAGUAGCCAAUAUGGGCAUUCCAUUCCCCCUUCUGAGCCAAGACUCAGACAACCAGGUACCAUCUCUGGACCUCUCCUAUUUGCCACCAUCUACUUCAUCAGCUACAACUUCUGACUUUAACUUCUUACAACUUCCUGCCAGCCAGGUCCCAUCUCUGGACCUCUCCUAUCUGCCACCAUCUACUUCAUCAGCAACAACUUCUGACUUUAACUUCUUACAACUUCCUGCCAGCCAGGUCCCAUCACUGGACCUCUCCUAUCUGCCACCAUCUAGUGAGACUUCUUCAUCAACAGCAACUUCUGACUAUAACUUUUUGCAAGUUCCUGCAUUUAUAGACUUUGCCAGUUCUCAAAGUAUAUCAGCACAGACGUCUGAAAAUCAUAGUUCUGAUUCACAGUCUGUCACCGCAUUGAAAGCACAAGAACAAGGAAUGUCAUCCACUGCCUCACAGACAGAGGUACAAGAAUCUUCUUCUGAAAUAAAGGAAACUUUCUCUACCUCAGAAGCACAAGAAGAGAUAUCUGAUUCAGAAAACGGUGGUUCAUCAUUAUCAGAAAUACAGGAAUCUUCUACCUCAGGAAUGCAAGGGGCAUCUCUCUCUACCUCGGAAAUGCAGGAAUUGCCUUCGUCUGCCUCAGAAAUCCAAGAAGUGUCUUCUUCUGGCAUACAAGAAGGGUCAUCUUUUACUUCAGAAAUACAGGGGGCAUCUACUUCAGAAUUACAAGAGACAUCACAAACCUUACAGGUUCAAGACUCAGCUACAGGUCAGCAAACACAAGCAGAAUAUUUUGCAAGUGCAAGUUCCUCAGACAGUUCACUGUCACAUAGUGAAGAAACGCACCAGACCUUUACCCAGAAAGAGAAACCGUUAGGAGCAAUUUAUACCCUGAACUUUUCUUCAGCAGAUCUGCUUGCUCAGCAGUUCAGCUCUGCCUCAGCUCAUUACCAGAAGCAAGUCUCGUCCAACACAAUGGCUGAUUAUCAACCUGUUUCAUCCUCACUUACUUCAAUCGAUCAACAACUUGUUGGAAUUCUGGACUCACCUGAAGCGGCAUCAAUUGUGUCUGAAAGUGAAGUGGUAAAUUCUGAGGAGGAUUCUGUUAAGGUUAGUCCUUCACCACAAUUUUCUCCGUUCCAACCUCCAACUGAUGCGGUGACAGUGGAUGACGAUCUCUCAAUAUUAUUCGAAGAAUUGCCAGUCAGUGCUGAUGGCAUUAUUCUCGGGCCGGAGGGACCACCGGAUCUCCUCAUUCUCCCUGGGGACGACAGGCCGAUGUCCUCCGAGCCCCCUUUCAUCAUGCCUCCUGAAACCCCUGUGAAACUGUCGAACAUCAUGCCUGUUUUCCCCUUUGCCGACGACACUCCCUCCGUUCCCGAGCCCUUUACUGACAUUCCACCACUGCCGCUGCAAGACGAGGAAGUGGGCGAUACAGACCAAUCUAAUGUAGCCCCGUGUAUGCCCGCUGACAUGUGCUAUCGCCAGUUUGGUGACCACUCCUUGGAUGAGUGUGCUUAUGGACAACAGCCAGCUUGCCAUGAAGGGUAUGUUCCCUGUCUGGAUAACUACACUGGGCACGUUGAACUCAGCUGCUACGAGUAUGCCACUCCGCUCAGCACAUUCAUAGAGGUAAAUGUCAGCGCCUCCUCUAAUCAAGAACCAGAUUCGGCGCCCACAGAACUGCCACAGAAUUCGCAGACAUUACCCAGUGGAAGUGGUGAUGCGGAAAGCUCCUUCUCCGAGGGGUAUAGUUACACAGCAGGCUCUGCAACUCAGGAAAUCAAAGUAGAGAUCGAGUGUAUCGCCAUCGGACACUGCCGCCGACGCUACGGGUCCGCUCUUACAGACAUUACAGAGUAUGGUUUCUUAGAACUUUGUCCAGCUGGGAUGGUCCGCUGUCUUGAUGACGUCAUCACUUCGUCUGCGACCACCACGGAGAUAGAGAGCAACCCCGAUAUCGGUCAGAGCCAUCAAGGUGAUCACCAGGCUGCCGUCGUGAGUUCCCAGAAUCAAAGCCAAUUAUCACAGGCAGUGACUCAGCAAGUUCAGCAGUUUGCUCAGCAACAACAAGAGAUAAAGCAGCAAGAGCACAAUCAAAAAUAUUCUCAACAACAACAGACCCAGCAUUAUUCACAAUCUCAGCAACAAGAAACCCAGCAACAAGAAACCCAACAACAGAUUUCUCAGCAGCAGUAUAACCAACAAUAUUCACAACAAGGAAAUUACCACUAUCCACAACAGCAAAACCAGCAGCAUUCUCAGCAGCAGCAAACUCAGCCACCUUCACAACAGUUGCAGCAACAGCAUUACCCUCACAACCCGACUCCAACCUCCCCAGCGCAGCCCCAGCAGCCGCAAACCACCACAACCACCACAACCACUCAGCAGAGCCACCACCUGACUCAACCCACGUCUCGACCAGACACCCACUACAACAGCUACCACCAGCAGAGCAGUUCUCAACCCGCUGCCCACCACAGUUCCCAUCAGCAGAGCCAAACCAGCUCCUUCCAUUCCCAACGCCCAUUCCCUUUCUCCAGUGGUUCCUAUUCCUACCACUCCUACCAGACCCCGAAUUCCUACGUGUACCAUUACUACCCGUCUCGUCCCGCCGGUAGGGAGAACAGCCAACCAGCCAACCAGCCUUCCUCCAGACUGUGGGAUCUCUCCAUCGCCGGGAAAUUGAAAAAACUCGAGACUCUUAAGAAACCUUUUCAGUUCUCUCUUUUCGGCUGA